AUGACCACCUUCUUAGCAAGCACUGAGAACUUCGAGACCACUGAUAUUGUAGAAACUACCAAACUGGCAAGUACAGCGACACCAGAGUCCGGCGAGACUACCGUCCCAGCAAGCACUGAGACUUUAGAGACCACUGAUGUUCCAGAAACUACCAAUCUGCCAAGUACAGUGACACCAGAGUCUGGCGAGACCGCCUUCCCAACAAGCACUGAGGCCUUAGAAUCCACUGAUGUUCCGGAAACUACCAAUCUGGCAAGUACAGCGACACCAGACAAUCUGGCAAGUACAGCGACACCAGAAUCUGGCGAGACCACCUUCCCAGCAAGCACUGAGGCCUUCGAGACCACUGAUGUUCCGGAAACUACCAAUCUGCAAAGUACAGCGACACCAGAGUCUGGAGAGACCACCUUACCAGCAAGCACUGAGGCCUUAGGGACCACUGAUAUUCCAGAGACCACCAAUCUGGAAAGUACAGCAAGAAUAGAGUCCGGCGAGACCACCUUCCCAGCAAGCACUGAGGCCUUAGAGACCACUGAUGUUCCAGAGACCACCAAUCUGGCAAGUACAGCGACAAUAGAGUCCAGCGAGACCACCUUCCCAGCAAGCACUGAGGCCUUAGAGACCACUGAUGUUCCAGAGACCACCAAUCUGGAAAGUACAGCGACACCAGAGUCCAGCGAGACCACCUUCCCUGAGAGCACUGAGGCCUUAGAGACCACUGAUGUUCCGGAAACUACCAAUCUGCCAAGUACAGCGACAUCAGAGUCCGGCGAAACCACCUUCCCAGCAAGCACUGAGGUUUUAGAGACCACUGAUGUUCCAGAGACCACCAAUCUGGCAAGUACAGCGACACCAGAGUCCAGCGAGACCACCUUCCCUGCAAGCACUGAGGCGCCAGCAAGCACUGAGGCCUUAGAGACCACUGAUGUUCCAGGGACCACCAAUCUGGCAAGUACAGCGACACCAGAGUCUGGCGAGACCACCUUCCCAGCAAGCACUGAGGCCUUAGAAACCACUGAUAUUGUAGAAACUACCAAUCUGGCAAGUACAGUGACAGCAGAUUCUGAUAUGACCACCUUCUUAGCAAGCACUGAGAACUUCGAGACCACUGAUAUUGUAGAAACUACCAAACUGGCAAGUACAGCGACACCAGAGUCCGGCGAGACUACCGUCCCAGCAAGCACUGAGACUUUAGAGACCACUGAUGUUCCAGAAACUACCAAUCUGCCAAGUACAGUGACACCAGAGUCUGGCGAGACCGCCUUCCCAACAAGCACUGAGGCCUUAGAAUCCACUGAUGUUCCGGAAACUACCAAUCUGGCAAGUACAGCGACACCAGAGUCCGGCGAAACCACCUUCCAAGCAAGCACUGAGGCCUUAGAGACCACUGAUGUUCCAGACACCACCAAUCUGGCAAGUACAGCAACAGUAGAGUCCGGCGAGACCACCUUCCCAGCAAGCACUGAGGCCUUCGAGACCACUGAUGUUCCGGAAACUACCAAUCUGGCAAGUACAGGAACACCAGAGUCAGGAGACACCACUUUCCCAGCGAGCACCGAGGCUUUAGAGACCACUGAUGUUCCACAAACCCCCAACCUGCCAAGUACAGCAGCACCUGAGUCUGGCGAGACCACCUUCCCAGCAAGCACUGAAGCCUUAGAGACCACUGAUGUUCCAGAAACUACCAAUCCGGCAAGUAGAACAACAGUAGUGUCUGGCGAGACCACCUUCCCAGCAAGCACUGAGGCCUUCGAUACCACUGAAGUUCCGGAAACUACCAAUCUGGCAAGUACAGCGACACCAGAGUCCGGCGAGACCACCUUCCCAGCAAGCACUGAGGCCUUAGAGACCACUGAUGUUCCAGAGACCACCAAUCUGGCAAGUACAGCGACACCAGAGUCCAGCAAGACCACCUUCCCAGCAAGCACUGAGGCCUUAGAGACCACUGAUGUUCCAGAAACUACCAAACUGGCAAGUACAGCAAACGCAGAAUCUAGCGAGACCACCUUCCCAGCAAGCACUGAGGCUUUAGAGACCACUGAAGUUCCGGAAACUACCAAUCUGGCAAGUAGAGCGACACCAGAGUCCGGCGAGACCACCUUCCCAGCAAGCACUGAGGCCUUAGAGACCACUGAUGUUCCGGAGACCACCAAUCUGGAAAGUACAGCGACACCAGAGUCCAGCGAAACCACCUUCCCUGAGACAAGCACUGAGGCCUUCGAGACCAUUGAUGUUCCAGAAACUACCAAUCUGCCAAGUACAGCGACACCAGAGUCUGGAGAGACCACAUUCCCAGCAAGCACUGAGGCCUUAGGGACCACUGAUAUUCCAGAGACCACCAAUCUGGCAAGUACAGCAACAAUAGAGUCGGGCGAGACCACCUUCCCAGCAAGCACUGAGGCCUUAGAAUCCACUGAGAUUCCGGAAACUACCAAUCUGGCAACAAGCACUGAGGCCUUCGAGACCAUUGAUGUUCCAGAAACUACCAAUCUGCCAAGUACAGCGACACCAGAGUCUGGAGAGACCACAUUCCCAGCAAGCACUGAGGCCUUAGGGACCACUGAUAUUCCAGAGACCACCAAUCUGGCAAGUACAGCAACAAUAGAGUCGGGCGAGACCACCUUCCCAGCAAGCACUGAGGCCUUAGAAUCCACUGAGAUUCCGGAAACUACCAAUCUGGCAACAAGCACUGAGGCCUUAGAAUCCACUGAGAUUCCGGAAACUACCAAUCUGGCAAGUACAGUGACACCAGAGUCCGGCGAGACCACCUUCCCAGCAAGCACUGAGGCCUUAGAGACCACUGAUGUUUCAGAGACCAUUCCGGAAACUACCAAUCUGGCAAGUACAGCGACAACAGAGUACGGCGAGACCACCUUUCCAGCAAGCACUGAGGCCUUAGGGACCACUGAUAUUCCAGAGACCACCAAUCUGGCAACAAGCACUGAGGCCUUAGAAUCCACUGAAGUUCCGGAAACUACCAACCUGCCAAGUACAGCAUCAGUAGUGUCUGGCGAGACCACCUUCCCAGCAAGCACUGAGGCCUUAGAGACCACUGAUGUUUCAGAGACCACCAAUCUGGCAAGUACAGCGACACCAGAGUCCAGCGAGACCACCUUCCCAGCAAGCACUGAAGCCUUGGAGACCACUGAUAUUGUAGAAACUACCAAUCUGGCAAGUACAGCAACACCAGAAUCUGGCGAGACCACCUUCCCAGCAAGUACUGAGGCCUUAGAGACCACUGAAGUUCCGGAAACUACCAAUCUGCCAAGUACAGCGACACCAGAGUCUGGAGAGACCACCUUCCCAGCAAGCACUGAAGCCAUAGAAUCCACUGAGAUUCCAGAAACUACCAAUCCGGCAAGUAUAGUGACACCAGAGUCCGGCGAGACCACCUUCCCAGCAAGCACUGAGGCCUUAGGGACCACUGAUAUUCCAGAGACCACCAAUCUGGAAAGUACAGCAACAAUAGAGUCCGGCGAGACCACCUUCCCAGCAAGCACUGAGGCCUUAGAGACCACUGAUGUUCCAGAGACCACCAAUCUGGCAAGUACAGCGACAACAGAGUCCAGCGAGACCACCUUCCCAGCAAGCACUGAAGCC